CUUCUGGAAUAAUGGUGGCUUCAUGGUGCCUUUGAUGCCGUCGAUGACGCGCAAGCCACACUUUAGGCGCCAAGAAAAGGUGGCUGCUAAUGGUGUUAGCGCAGCCUAUAACACGCCGUGCACGCCUAAAGCCGCGCCAGUAUCCGUACAACUCUCAGCACCAAGUGCAGGUGCAUCAUCCCAAGUUUUGGCCAGCAGUGCGCAUUCGCAUAUCACUCCGACCGUCAAACAAUCCCCUUCCACCCAACAUCAGCCUCUUGAUCUUGCCCUACAACAAUCUGCCCGAAGCAGUCUCGAGUCCGCCCGUCCUGAUUUACUCGACGAUCCUCUUCCGCUGUCCUUUGCCCCAACCAUGGCGGCUCAACCUGGGGGUUAUUCGAUCAAUGUCAACGACCCCAGUCUGAUCGCUCUCGUCAAUAAGCUACAAGAUGUUUUCACAACCGUCGGAGUCCAAAAUCCCAUAGAUCUCCCACAGAUUGUCGUCGUCGGAUCGCAGUCGAGUGGAAAGAGUUCUGUUCUCGAGAACAUUGUUGGCCGAGACUUUCUGCCUCGAGGCUCCGGAAUCGUCACACGAAGACCCCUCGUCCUUCAACUGAUCAACAGACCACCUCCUGCGAAACUACAGACAAAUGGCGUUUCGGAGGAGGACAUGAAAAAGACCACCGACAGUCAAGCAAAUGUGGAUGAAUGGGGAGAAUUCCUACACCUGCCAGGACAGAAGUUCUUCGAUUUCAACAAGAUCCGUGAUGAGAUCGUGAAGGAAACGGAAGCAAAAGCAGGAAGAAAUGUCGGAAUCUCUCCCGCGCCCAUCAACUUGCGCAUCUACUCCCCCAACGUCCUUACCCUGACGUUAGUUGAUCUGCCCGGCCUGACGAAAGUGCCGGUUGGAGAUCAACCGCGAGAUAUCGAACGACAAAUUAAAGAGAUGGUGCUCAAGCAGAUAUCGAAGCCAAAUGCCAUCAUUCUGGCCGUAACUGCCGCCAACGUCGAUUUGGCUAAUUCGGAUGGAUUGAAACUUGCCCGUGAGGUGGACCCAGAGGGCCAGAGGACAAUCGGUGUGCUUACCAAGAUCGACUUGAUGGACGCCGGUACCGAUGUCGUCGAUAUUCUCGCUGGCAGAAUCAUUCCGCUCAGAUUAGGCUACGUUCCCGUGGUCAACCGAGGUCAGCGUGAUAUUGAGAACAAGAAGAGGAUAGAUCUGGCCUUGAAGGCGGAGAAGGACUUCUUCGAGAACCACCCUUCAUACCGCAACAAGGCAUCAUACUGCGGUACACCAUACUUGGCCCGAAAACUCAACCUCAUCCUUAUGAUGCACAUCAAACAGACUCUGCCCGACAUCAAGGCCCGAAUCGCCAGUUCUCUGCAGAAAUACUCUCAAGAACUCGAUCAGUUGGGCGCUGGUGACAUGAUCGGACACAACAGCUCGAACAUCGUCCUCAACAUCAUCACCGAAUUUGCAAACGAGUACAGAACGGUCCUCGAGGGGCACAGCGCUGAAUUAUCCAGCAUGGAACUUUCAGGUGGUGCAAGAAUUUCAUUCGUUUACCAUGAAUUGUAUUCGAAUGGAAUCAAGGCGAUCGACCCCUUUGAGCAAGUCAAGGACAUUGAUAUCCGGACAAUGUUGGUCAACUCCUCAGGCUCCUCGCCCGCACUUUUUGUCGGCACCACUGCAUUCGAGAUUAUUGUCAAGCAGCAAAUCAGGCGUCUAGAGGAGCCGUCGCUGAAAUGUGUUUCUCUGGUUUACGACGAACUUGUCCGGAUUUUGCAACAACUGCUUACAAAACAACUAUUCCGAAGAUAUCCUCAGCUCAAAGAGAGAUUCCACGGUGUCGUCAUCUCUUUCUUCAGGAAGGCCAUGGAACCCGCGAACAAGUUGGUCAAAGAUUUGGUGGCAAUGGAAGCGUGCUAUAUCAACACGGGCCACCCAGAUUUUCUCAACGGCCAUCGGGCCAUGGCCAUCGUGAAUGACAGACACAAUUCCGCAAAGCCCACCCAAGUAGACCCGAAGACAGGCAAGCCACUACCUCCAUCGGUGCCACCACGAGCAAACUCUCCCGGUUUGCCCACAGACGGCACAGAGCCCAACGCUGGCUUCUUCGGCUCAUUCUUCGCGAGCAAAAACAAAAAGAAGAUGGCGGCAAUGGAGCCACCCCCGGCCACGUUGAAGGCCAGCGGAACAUUAUCCGAACGCGAGAACCAAGAAGUGGAAGUAAUCAAGCUAUUGAUCAACAGCUACUUCAAUAUUGUCAGAAGGACCAUGAUCGACAUGGUGCCAAAAGCCAUCAUGUUGACCCUGGUACAGUUCACCAAAGAUGAAAUGCAACGAGAACUGCUGGAGCAAAUGUAUAGAGCACAAGAACUCGACGAACUUCUCAAGGAGAGCGACUACACCGUCAGACGGCGGAAAGAAUGCCAGCAGAUGGUGGAAAGCUUGAGCAAAGCCAGCGAGAUCGUCAGCCAGGUGCAGUAGGAUCGCAUACAUAUUUAGGUACCUCUGAACGACACAACGACAUUAUGCCAUCGGUGAUGCCAUAGCCUGUCACUCGACCACGCGGCAAGGCGCCCUGGUCUAUCGGACGGCACGCAUGUUUUGCGGAAGGAUUGUGACCUCAAGCGCGGCGCCGAAGGAGGCAGGGAGUGGACAAUGGUCUCUUUUUGGUCCCUUUUGCACCUUUUGGCACCGCAUGAUACCACAUUUCCUUGCAUUGGCUUUGUCGGCAUGGCUGUUGAUAGAGUAGAUUACAUGACAGAAUUAUGAGGCGCGCUGAGUAUGGCCCCGGUUUGUAGAAGUGCGCUAGCGGGGGUGUUGGAUUUCAGAGGUUCAAGUUGUCGGACCACACUCAAGGAAUGAAUGCUGCUCACAGAGUGUGCCCGGGCACAUGAAUGGGGAUAGCAAUGGAGCUGAGCCACAAGAAUGAUAUUCCAUUUGAACGCCAAUA